AUGUCUGUAAAACAGCUGCUCAAGGCAGCCAAGGCAGCCAUUGAAAGAAAUGACCCAGAAGAUGCCAUUUACUAUGCCGAUGAAGUCCUUGAGGAAGACAAAAAUAACUACUAUGCCUAUAUCUUCAAGGGCAAGUCGUACCAGCUUCUAGGCGACUUUGAGAAGGCCAUGAAGCCAUUCCAGAAAGCCAUAGAUCUCGACAAUGACCAACUACUUGGAUGGAAAGGCUACUUCCAAAGCGUCAGAUCACAAGCGGACUUUGACAAAUUUUUCGAGGUCUUUACCCAGUAUGUUGAAAAACUCGUGGAACAAGGCGUCGCCACUGGAGAUGCCGUCAAAGAUCUUUAUGCAUACUUGAAGGCCAACAAAUACCACGAAGAUACAGCAUUGCAUGAAAAAUACCUACGUGCAAUUCUCCCAGGCACGCCACUUAGAGAGCUUUUAGGAAACUCGGUGGGUACAGAGGAUGAAUCGAUCAAGAAGCUCAUUACUGUCACUAAAAACAACCAAGACGAACAGGCCAGAAUCAUACUCGCGAAGGAAAAGAUGAAAUUGCCUAGAAACCUCACAGUCCAGCAGCAGGCCAAGCUACAUGCCAUUGAGUGGAGCAUUCGUCUGGAUUCAGAUCUUCCCAAUCUCUACAGACAAUUCCUAGAUGUAUGUGACGAUGACGAGCUUAGAAGGUCAUACGAGGCUGAGUUGUUAAAGUACUUGUACAAUUUGCUUAAGAUCUCCCCGGAAAAAGCUGACCUUUUGAAGGAAGUCAAGCUGUUGUGUGGUGAUAUGGUCCUUUUGGGCACCAACGACCUUUUUGCAUGGACAUUAUAUUUCGAUCUCCAGGACCCCAAGGCCAUAGAAGAUCUUGACGAGAACGAGGUCCUUACUUUUAUCAAAAAGUUUAGAACGGAAGGCUUGGGUGUGUUCUUGUAUGCCUUUUUGAUGAGUGAUCUUGGACCAUUCAAUACCGAGAAGGUACAGAAGGAAUUGGGACUCAAGGAUGUUUCUAAGGACGCCUCUGAUGAAAAUAGUGAGAACACUGAGAAUAAUGACGAUGUUGAAGACGAUAACGGAAAUGACAUUUCUCCUGCCGAGAUCCUUCUGAUGAUGCUUGAGGGUUAUUCCAAGGCCACGAACUCCAUGAUGGCCCACCGUAUUAUCUGCAGCUACUUUGUCAAUCUUCAGGAAUAUGACUCUGGCUCUCAACGAUGCACUACUGCAAUCCGUCAUCUUGCUGAACUUCAAAGAACCUACGGUAUCGAACUAGUAAACUGCAAAAGAGACAUUUUGUGUCUGCUUGCCACAAUCUACACAUACCAUGAAGCACCCAAGAACUUUGCUAGGGCCUUGGAGCUCUACGAUAAGAUCCUCAUUGGUGAUGCCGAAAACACACAGGCCAUGAUCGGUAAAGGACUUAUAUUGUUGGAGAAGAUGGAGCUUGAUGGCGCCAACGAAGCCCUCUCCAAGGUUCUUGAAAAGUUUCCUGAGGAUGCAACUGCACUCAAGGAGUUGGGUUGGUGUCUUGUGUUGCAAAAGCAGUACGAGAAGGGUAGAGAGCUUCUUCAGCAUGCACUUAGAAGUUCAAAAGAUGUCUCUGUACACGGGCUGGAGACAAAGGCUGCUAUCAAAUGGCGUCUUGCUAAGAGCCACCUUUGGGAGGACUCCUCUAGUGAAUCGAACGUACAAGCAGCAUUUGAUCUUUUGAUUAGCUCAUUGAAAGAUUCAAAAACAUACGCACCAUCAUACACAUUGCUUGGUGUUUUAUACCACGAUCACUACAACCAGAAAGCUCGUGCCCAAAAAUGCUUCUACCGUGCAUUUGAGCUUGAUGUUGGUGAAAUCACAUCAGCAAAGUACCUCGUGACGGAGCUUGCCGAAAAGAACGAGUGGGAGGUCAGUGACAUCUUGUGUACUCGUGUUGUGACGUCGGAAAAGAGCCGUCGUAUGUUGUCCAGUGCACUUUACGAAGAUCCUGAUAAAUCCUGGCCAUACAGAGUUCUUGGAAGCUCUGCGUUGAACAGGCAAGACGACGCCAAAGCCAUUGAGUGGUUCCAGACUGCUCUUCGUAUGAAGGCAAUGGAUGUACAAUGCUGGAUUGGACUUGGUGAGGCCUACUACAACUGUGGUCGUAUCGAUGCUGCUAUCAAGGUGUUCAAGCGUACCAGCAAAAUGGACCCUGAGUCCUGGAUGCUCAAGUACAUGCUAGGUGUUGCAACAUGUGAGAUUGGUGAUUACAGUGCUGGUCUUGAAAUUUUGAAUGAGGCCCUCGAGGCAAGACCAGAAGAGGAGUGCUUGCUCAAUGCCAUCUAUGAACAGUCUAUUGGUUACAGUGCCCAACUCUUGCUAGGAGGCUUCACUGGUAGAACUUUGAAGGUCUCUGAUGGUGCUUUGGAUGCUAUUCACAGGGCUGUUUCGGUGAACAAAACUUCCCAGAAUUUGUGGAGAGCACUCAACAACACGCUCAAAAUCAGAAUCGAUGUUCAAUCCGACAUCCAGGAAUUCCCAAUUCAAAAGGUGGUGGACAUAUUGAAACAUGUCCAGUUGCCAUCUGAUGAUCUUGUUUCCGUUGAUGCAGCUCAGAAGCUUUUUGAAGAGGAAAUGUUUGUGGAGGCCAUUGGUUUGCUUGGUAUUCUCGUUGCUCAAAGUGCCAUAGCUGUGCUUCCAAGCAAAGCCAACAAGUACCAAAAGUCGAUUGCACUUUUCAACUUGGGUGUGGCUUACCUUGAGGCAUUCAACUGUGCUGAAGAGCGUAACGAAAAGAUCCUUGACAAGGCUAUCCAGUCCAUCAAGGACGCCAUCAAGAUUGAAGGCAGCAAUGCUCAAUUCUGGUUGGCGCUUGGCAACACGUUCGUUUCCAGAAACCCAGAGAUUGCUCAACACUGCUACAUUAAAGCAUCUGUUCUUGACAACAAGGACCCACAAGUUUGGACCAACUUGGCAGCUUUGUACUUGCGUUAUGGUGACUCUGAGCUCGCACAAGAGGCAUUCGACAGAGCUACAUCGGUUGCACCUGAUCAGUCAAAGUCCUGGUUGGGUAACGCUUUGACUGCUGACGCUCUUGACGAUAAGCAGACAGCGUCGAGACUUUUCACUCACGCUUACAUCAUUUCCAAUGGCAGAUUGCCGUUGGCUCAGCUCUGCUAUGCCAUGUCGAUUGUGAACGCUAGAAUCGGUAAUGCCAAAGACUCCAGGGAUGUCGAGGCUGCGCAGGAGUUCAGUAUUGCCAACUUUGCCAUUCAGGCCUUCCUCAAGUUCCAUCCUAACGACGAGGUUGGAUUGAAAAUGGCACUCCUCUUGAGUGAGCGUUGUCACACGUACAAUUUGGCGAUUGAGUCCGGAAAGAGGCUCUGUGACCUCUUGGAGAAGAAGUACGAGAGCUCCGAGAGCGAGGUUGUUCUUGUUGAGUACGCAAAGGCCAAGACGCAGUUGGCGAGAAUUUAUUUGGGAUUGGCCAGUUAUGGUGACGCCAUUGACCAUGCCCAGGUGACGUUGGAUGUUUUGGAAGAGGAGGAAGAGACGCAGGAUGUGAGAGAGGCGAAAUUGUCGUCACGUAUUGUCAUUGGAUUGUCGUUCUUUUUCAAUGGGCAGUUUGACGAGGCCAUGGAGGAGCUCAAGAUUGUGCUUGAGACACACGGCCAGUCACAGAGAAUGGUGACUUUGAUUGCACAGGUGCUCAACGCAUACGGCACCUCCGAGACCAAGCAGGACGCUUUGGACCAGCUUUUCGCUUUCAUCGAGGAAAACGGCUCGUCUCUUCUAGUUGUGCUCACCUUGGGCGCUAUUUCCGUGGUGGACCAGCUCGAAGACUACUACGAGCCUAUCAAGGAGGAGCUCUCGAACUUGUCGCUUGAGGAGCUCAUUGCUGACUCGUUCCGCAUGGUGCCGCAGCUUUUGGCGGAAGUGGAGCAGACGCAGGUUAGAAAGAGAGGUGUGUGGCAGAAGUUCGCUAUGCUUUUCCCCAGCGACUUCAACGUGUGGAAGAACUUGAGUCGGACCAUGGCCUUGGACACGGCGCUUUUGCCUACAUCCAAGAGACCAGCGUUUGACUUGGCGGAGGCUUACGUGGAGAAGGGUUCUAGAAGAGAGAUACAGCGUGCUUUGUUGCUUUGUGUGAAUAACGAGAGAGCCAGGCAGGCGCUCUGCUAG